GGGAUUUUGGAGUGAAUUUUAAAGUGGAAUGAUGAGUGUGAUUCGUAAGCUGUUACGACGGCGCUCCUUGUACUGGAAGGUGGUUCUUGCAGCCCUGGUGUUCAUCACAUUUUUAUUUCUGAUGCAAAGGGAGAUGGUGGGGACGGCAACACAGGAGCCGUGGCUGAGGGAGAUGGUGGUGAGAAAAGACAAGGUGCUGGACAUCAUGAUGGGGGCAGUCAAUAACAUCAAGGAGGCGAUCCCGCGAAUGCAGAUCGGAGCGCCGGUCAGGGGGCAGAUGCCCAUCCACGUGGGCAAACUCUGCUUGCCCGGCCACUUCACAGCGGCAGAACUGAAGCCGUUCAUGGAACGGCCGCACCAGGACCCGAACGAGCCGGGAGCCGGCGGCAACCCCUACCUCACCGACAACCUGACUCCAGAGGAGCAGAAGGAAAAGGAUCAAGGAGAUGCCAAACACUGCUUCAACCAGUUUGCAAGUGACCGCAUCUCCCUACACCGAGACCUUGGACCCGACACCCGCUCACCUGAAUGCAUUGAGCAGAAGUUCAAACGAUGCCCAUCCUUGUCCACCACGAGUGUCAUUAUCGUGUUCCACAACGAGGCUUGGUCGACCCUACUGCGAACAGUCUUUAGUGUCAUGCACACAUCACCCGCUCAGUUUCUAAAGGAGGUAAUACUGGUCGAUGAUGCAAGCACAGACGAUUACUUAAAAGAAGAAUUGGAUAACUAUGUGAAGCCAUUUCAAAUUGUGAAAGUUGUUCGCCAAUUGGAAAGGAAGGGGUUAAUCACUGCAAGAUUGCUGGGAGCCUCGGUGGCCGUGGGAGAGGUCCUGACCUUCUUGGAUGCCCACUGUGAAUGCUUCAAUGGUUGGCUGGAGCCAUUACUGAGCAGGAUUGCUGAGAACCACACUGCUGUGGUAAGCCCUGAUAUCACCAGCAUUGAUAUGAAGACUUUUGCGAUAUCAAAACCCAAUCCAUAUGGAAGCCAUCACGUCAGGGGUAAUUUUGAUUGGAGUUUGUCCUUCGGCUGGGAAAGCCUUCCUGACCACGAGAUAAAACGGAGAAAAGAUGAAACCUAUCCAAUAAAGUCGCCAACAUUUGCUGGUGGGCUGUUUGCCAUCUCCAAGAAAUACUUUGAAUAUCUAGGCACCUACGAUGACCAGAUGGAAAUAUGGGGUGGUGAGAACAUAGAAAUGUCUUUCAGGGUCUGGCUGUGUGGCGGGCAGUUAGAGAUACUGCCGUGUGCUGUCGUGGGUCAUGUCUUUCGCUCCAAAAGCCCCCACUCCUUCCCCAAUGGUAAUCAAGUGAUUGCCCGCAACCUGGUGCGACUGGCAGAGGUGUGGAUGGGGGAGUACAAGCAGAUCUUUUACAGACGCAACCGUGAGGCACUGCAUAUAUUUCAAGCGAAAUCUUACGGAGACAUUACCGAAAGGCUGGAGGUGAAGCAACGUUUGCAAUGUAAGAACUUCACUUGGUAUCUCAAGAAUGUUUAUCCAGAGGUAUUUACCCCUGAGUUAUAUCCUCAACACUUCGGUGCAAUUAGAAAUGUUGGUUCCGGGACUUGUCUUGACGUUGGGGAAAAUAACAAAGGUGCAGAGCCCCUAAUAAUGUACACAUGCCACGGUCUUGGGGGAAACCAGUACUUUGAAUAUAGCUCAUUGCAUGAACUUCGUCAUAAUAUCCAGAAGGAAUUGUGUGUUCAUAACUUAGACAACAUUGCUUAUCUUAAGCAAUGUACUUACAAAGGUACAAACAGCGCUGCCUCAGAAGAGCAGAUUUGGGAAAACCAGGACAUGCAUCUUGUAAAUCGAGUUUCAAAUAAGUGUUUAACGGCAAGAGGUAAACACCCCAACUUGGUUCCAUGCAAUCCUUCCGAUCAACACCAACAGUGGAUCUUUAGCUGACAGGCAAGGUCGGCCCUGAAGCAAUGAAGCUCAAGUCCAAAUUAUUGCAUCAGGAAAUUUUUUGCACAGUCUUGAAAGGCCAAAAACAUGCACGUUUAUGCAAUGGAAAUAUUUUUGAGACAUUUUUAAAGUUUGUAAUAAAGCAAAUUGCACUUGAAUGUGUUAGACGGUGUUAAGGUAACCUUCCGAUAUCUUACAGCAAUGGACAUUUGUUUAAUCGAUUUAUAUUUUGUAUUAUUCCAAUACUCAACGAUGAAUUUGGAGUACGUGAGAUUUUAUUUUAUAGAGUUGGUGAUUGUGUAUGCUGGUAACAUUUUAACGGGUGAAUGAGCAGCAGAAUAAAUUCUGCUUAUUUUUGAAGAAUAAUUUACUUGAGGAUUUUACUGUGGUAUAUAUUUUGGGGAGUGAUUUCGGCAUGUAUUGGGAAGAUUGUUUUUCCUUUCAUUAAAAUUGCAAAGAGCUGUAUUUAUAAAAAGAAAGUACAGAAAGAGGAUUGUGAGGUAUCUCACUUUCUUAGACCAUCCAUUUUUUCAUCUUUAUUGCUGUGACGACAUUUCUUUAAUAUGUGCCAUGGGUUUGUUUAUUGCUGCUAUCUCAUCUUGAAGUUCGACAAUUUUUGAGAUUGAAAUGUGUUUAUAAUUCAGGAAAUUUGGUUCUAAGGAUCUUUUGUGCAGGGGUAAUCAAAUUAAUUUCAUGUAAUGUCAAGUCAUAUUUAUAAUAUUUUUCCAAACUCUGCUCCAAUAAAAAUUGGUAAUUGUCA